CUGAUAGCUUCGUUCAAUCACACACCCGCCAACCUUGUAUAUAUGGAUAACCUAUACACACAUAAACUAUUCCUUCCUUAAUCUCUCAUAUCUUAUUCAUCACUCUAACAUGGUCAUGAAUAGUAGCAAUGAUCCUGUUCGAAUUCAAACCCAGAUCAUUCAUGGCACCAGAAUCUCCUCUGUGGUGCCAGGCAGAGCCACUGGAGAGAACAAGGUCCACGAGCUCACUCCCCUUGACUUGGCCAUGAAGCUCCAUUACAUUCGAGGACUUUACUUCUUCAGAGCUGAAGCAGUUCAGGGGCUCUCCGUUCAUGACUUGAAGGGAGCGAUGUUUCCGUGGCUCGAGCUCUACUACCCCGUCUCCGGGAGGAUCCGGCAGGGGCCGGACUCUGGGCGGCCGUUUAUUAGGUGUAACGAUGGUGGUGUUCGGGUUGUGGAAGCGUGGUGUGAUGAUUUUAGUGUUGAUGAAUGGCUUGCCAUGGAAGGUUGUGGUGGAAAUGAUGAUGGACUUGUUUACAAUCAAGCUCUUGGUCCUGAUUUGGGAUUUUCACCUCUGGUUUACGUUCAGUUUACAUGGUUCAAAUGUGGAGGAAUGUCACUGGGCCUCAGUUGGGCCCAUGUGCUUGGAGACCCAUUUUCAGUUUCUGCAUUCAUCAAUAAGUGGGCCCAGAUCAUGGCAGGCACAGCGCGAUCACAACCCCUCCACGUGUCCUCCAUUCAGAACUACAAGUCUGCACCCACUAUUCCAAAAAGCCCGUUAUCCAUAAAACGGGUCGACCCGGUUGGUGACUGUUGGGUAACUGCCAGUAACUGUCAAAUGGAAUCACACUCUUUCCUAAUUACUUCAGAGAAACUUGAUCAAUUGAUGAAGGAGAUUCUCAAUCCAAGCCAAGCAACCAAGAUAUCAGAAUUUGAAGCCCUUUCUGCCCUAAUAUGGAAAUCUUUAUCAGAAAUUAGGGAUGAUUUGGGUCCAAGAAUUGUCACAAUUUGCACAAAUAGCCCUCAGAGGGAAGAGAAUGAACCUCCAAGCAAUGCUAUGGAGUUCAGCAUUGUAGAACCAGAUUUCUCUGUAUCUAAAGCCGACGUAUCGGAUUUGGCGGUGCUGAUUACGGAGAAGAGGGUGGGGGAGGACGAAGCGAUUAGAGAUCUUGUGCAGGGAGAUAAUGGUGAAGGGGACUAUUUAGUGUAUGGCACAAACUUGACAUUUGUGAAUUUGGAAGAAGUGAAUGUGUAUGGUCUGGAGCUGAAGGGGCAGAAGCCGGUUUUCGCCAAUUAUAGGAUCGGUGGAGUUGGUGAUGAAGGGGUUGUUGUGGUGUGUCCGGGGCCGGAGAGUGGUGUGGAGGGAGGCAGGGGAGGGAGGCUUGUGACGGUGAUGUUGCCAGAAGAUCAAGUGGUGGAACUGAAGAAUGUGCUUCAAAGGGAUUGGGAUCUGGUUUGAGAUAAAAGAGGGAGUUAGUGAAACAUGUGGUUUCUAGCUCUUUGAUUAUAACAUAUAAGUUUGAAAGACCAAUAAAACAUGGUGGUGUAUUUUAAAUAAAUAUAU